GAUAAUUCACUCGCCAACAAGGUAAGGUUGAAUGUUGUUUCUGCUCUCCUGAAACUAAUUCUGCUGUAUCAUUUAGUUUUUGAUUUCAAAAUGGGUAGCUACAAAGUGAUGACCGUGCGCGGACCAGUUGAUCCAGCUGCUCUAGGAUUUACCUUAACUCACGAGCAUCUUUCUCUCGAUUUUCACCAGUUCUAUUCCGCUGCUCCCUUGGACCUCCAAUCAUAUGUCAAUAAAAAAAUAACGCUUCAUAAUGUUGGCUAUAUACGCCAGUAUCCAUAUAGCUGCAAAUAUAACCUUAAUUUCAACGAUGAAGAUACACACGAAGCGGUGUUGAAAGAUGUAAUCAGCUAUAAAAAAUUCGGUGGCGGCACAAUUGUGGAAAAUACUUCCCAUGGAUUAAACCGUAACUUGGAACUGAUGGUUAAAGCUUCGGAAGCUAGCGGUGUCAAUAUAAUCGCUGGGACGGGACAUUACGUACAUGGAGUGCAGCCGGAAUCCGUUCUAAAUAUGACCAUCGAAGAGAUGGCGGAUCUGUACACGAAGGAAAUUCUGUUUGGAACGUCAGUCGAACUGUUGGGUGGUAAAAAUGUCAAUGUCAGCUGUGGCAUAAUAGGAGAGGUAGGCAGCUCCUGGCCGAUCACAUCGUUCGAAAGGAAGGCAAUUCAGGCAACAGCGGAAACGCAGAGCAUUCUGAAAUGCCCAGUUUCAUUUCAUCCCGGUCGAGACUCGGAUGCGCCGUUUGAGAUUGUUCGGCUGUAUCUGGAAGCGGGAGGGAAAGCGGACAAAUGUGUUAUGAGUCAUUUGGAUAGAACUAUACUAAACUCUUGUCAACUUUUGGAGUUUGCCAAGCUGGGAACGUAUUGUCAAUUUGAUUUAUUUGGUACAGAGUGCUCGUAUUAUCAGUUGAAUCCUUUAAGUUACAUGCAAUCCGACGAGCAGCGUAUCCAGCAUAUAUUGGACCUCAUACGGGAAGGUUUUGAGAGUCGGAUCCUAUUAUCUCACGAUAUUCAUACGAAGCAUCGAUUGACUAGUUACGGCGGACAUGGCUACAGUCAUAUACUAACCAACAUAUUGAUGCGAUUUGCUGCAAAAGGCGUAGACGAAAAAACAAUCAAUACGAUUACAGUAGAAAAUCCAGCUCGCUGGUUGUCGGUGCCAUCAUGAGAAGUAUCAAUUUUGGUAUUGAGUUAUUUCGUCUUUGGAGUAUCUCAUUUAUCUUCGAGAUCAAUCGACAGGAGAGAUCUAUUUUCUGGGUUCUCUCGAUGCUGAUAUGGUAGUAGAUAAUUUCAAUGUUUUUAAAUACACUUAUUGAAACUAGUUGCUUCACUGCUGCGAAAAAAUAAACAAAUAGAUCGAGUUUCCUACGCCAUAUUUAUUUCAGGAAAAUUAAAGUAAAAAUUACUUAUCUAGAA